CUGAGCCUGGCGGACGCGGCCCGGCCCCGCUCACGCUGAAGGGGGUUUGGCUUGGACGGAGCAGCGAGUCCCCGGCGCCAGCCCCCAGCAGCGGGGCCCCGGCCGGCGACUCCGCCCCGCUCUCCGCGCAGCGCCUCGGCGGCGGGAUUGGGCAGGGGCCGGGCCGCAGCGUCCGGCGGACACAGGGUAUGCUAUGACUGGUUUCAGACUGCCCAUCACUGCCUUUAGAAAACUAAAUGUCUGGCUUGGAGUCUGGGAGAAAUUUCCCUCUAAUAAACUCUGCGUGUCCUGGAGGAGACGUAUAUACUCUAUCCACCAAUCCAGUAUAAUAAACUACAGAAAACACUUCAGCAUUUCUCCUGUGAUACAGGAUAUAUUUUUAAGACCACCUUCACAAUGCAUUUCAGUGCCUUGUGUACGACUUAAAAGUGACAAAAGUUCUAGAAAGAAAAAACAAACCCUGCAUGAGGAGGAGGAGGAGGAGGAUGAAGAGAGAAGUGAUUCAGAAGAUGAAUUUGAAAAUGACCCCAAUAUAGUGAAAGAUUACAAGGAUCUUGACAAAGUAGUCCAGUCUUUUCGUUAUGAUAUAAUCAUGAAAUCUGGUCUAGAUAUUGCAAGAAACAAAGUGGAAGAUGCAUUCUAUAAUGGUGAACUCAGGCUGAAUGGAGAAAAAUUGUGGAAGAAAAGCAGAACUGUGAAAGUUGGUGACACACUGGAUCUCAUAGUAGGGGAGGAUAAAGAAACAGAAACUGCUGUAGUUAUGCGAGUUGUCUUAAAAAAAGCAUCAGAGAAGACUGAGAGUGAAAAAUACAAAGUGGUUUUGCGGCGCUGGAAAAAUUUAAAAGUGCCCAAACAGGAUGUAUUUAAGUGACAAGGAUUUGCAUAUGGCAGCAUGAGACUUCUUAUGGAAAACCAUUUCACUUGUUGCUAAAUAUGAAUUUUGGUUAAACAAAAUUCUUGCACCCUAUCUAAGGGCUUGUGAUAGAAUGUUACCUCCUUGCCAUAUGCACCAUUCAUAUCUUGUGAUAGUCUGUCAGUUUACACUGUACUAUUCAUUUUUGUUUCAUGGUGAAUUGGAAAAAGCUUUAUUUCCAGACAGUUUUCCUAAAGAACAUAUAUCAUGGUUGGGUAAAGGCUAGAUAGAUCUCAACUGCUUGACAGUUGUCUCUGAUUUUGUUAAUCAAAAUGAUAACAAGCGGAAGAAUGUUUCUGGCUGUGAGACUUAACUCAUUUUUCUAACCUUGUACCUCAGCGGUGUCACUCUAGGACGAUGAAACCUUUCUCAAAUCUAAAAUCCCAAAGGAGGGAGACAGGAUGAUUUAAUUUUAGAGUGACCAGGAAUUAACUGGGGAAUGGCUGAGGAGACACUCAUGUCGAGACUGUGAGGCACAUUGGAAGAUCAGGAAGAGGGAGCUUACACUACUAUCACUUUAUAUUGUAUAGUAGCUGUGCAGAACAUGAGUGGAAGAUCUCAGCCUCAUGCCCUCAAUUCAUUGAAUAUUAAAUAAAGAGUACUUAAUGCUUAAACUGGGA